UUUCUUACGGAUAGAAGAACGAGAUUUUGCAGACGAAAAAGAAAAAAACUAAAUAACAGACGAUAAUAAAUGAAAAGGAAACGCAAAAGACUGUCAGCGAAAGCGCGCUCAUGUGAAGACGAUUUCUAAAUAAAAGAUGAAUUUCCUGUAGAGUAAAUGAGGCUUGACCUAUUUCGAAUGGGUUAUUCUUUAUACAAUAUUCACAAAUUUGUGCUGGAAAGGUUUUGACAGUGAACACGUCACAGCAAUGGGAGUUGGCGGAUCGACAAGCCGGCCAAACUCAGCAACGAUAAUCAUGAGUAACAAGCGACCCCAGACAUCAUCUUCAGACCACUCCAUCACACGAGAAUCGUCUGGAGCCCACUCCUCGCCUCCGGACAACAGACCCACGAACUCUUGCUGCUCCCACUACAGGGAGAAUCACACGGGGGUCACCAGAACUGUCACACCAGCGGACCCUGCGCAAAAAGACGACAGUAUCGACGACGAGAUCGAAGAAAUAGUUGCCAAUACUCUAGAUCUGGUGUCGAACCAGAGGACUUCUAGGCAACCGACCCCGCAUCUCAGAGACACCGACAGAGGUGGUGGUGGUGGUGGGAUGGUGAUGAGAAGGGAUGUGACCAGUAGUGCUGCCAGUAGCGGCAGUGGACAGCGAAGACUGCUACAACGCUCAGAGAGUACAAGGAUAUUGCAGAAGCGACCGAGUGAUGAAGAUAGCGAUAGCCAAUAUGAUGCCAAAGACUCUACUCCAGAAGUUGAUUUUGCUAAGUUUAAGAAAGUCAACCAUCAGGGUGCUACAGUGCAAAGUAAUGGCAGAAUCCUCCACCAUCAAGAAAGCGACCUCUUGUGGAGAUUCGGUCUCAUAAGCCCUGAAGCUUAUAAAAUCACGACGGGAACCAGAUCAGCUCCCACCAACCAAAGUCCUUACUUGAAGACUCCAAGCUACGACCUAACCGAAGAGCAAUUGAUGGCCAACAUCGAAAAAGAAUUCGAAUGCACCAUAUGACAUUCUGUGAUGUAUCGCCACCAGACAAAAAAUAAGCCCGGUCAGACGUAUCACCAUUAUAGGGAAUCAGCUACCGAUGUAAUAACUACUGUUUAUCCUUGUAUAAAGAAAUGAAGGAAAACAAAUGGGUCUGAUAAAUAAAUAGCCAUGCGUGAUGAUAUUCAAAGAUGUCUUUAUGCCCUGGAACCGUAUUUUCACUGUGGGUUUCAAGAGAAAAAAACAUUACUGGCUCUUUUAUGAGACACAGAGACCUAUGGGAUUCUAUUGAGUGGAAUUACUAAAACCGUGAAAUGAUCGUCUUCAUUCCUACGUAAACAGCUGAAAAAUAAUUAAAGUAAACAGCAUAACAAUAAUGAAAGUAAACAGCAUAAAAUUUUUUGUUCUCGUUGUUUAAGUUUUUAUCGACAUGAAUUGUUUCUUGGAUCACUUAUUUUUCUCUGUUUAAUUAGUUUUUAGCUAUAAAUUAUAUUUUUUUGAAGUAUUAUUCUUUUUUCUGGACAGCAUAUUGUUCACUUGGAAAAAGAGUGCCACAAUACGAAAUUUUCCAUCGCUUUUUUCUACCUCCUUUUACCAGGCUUCAAAUUAUGUAAAUUUGAGUCAUUUCACAGAAUCACUGUCACUGUUUUAGUUUCGAUAUUUACCGCUGGUUGGUUGGUUGGUUGUUAUAUUAACUUCCGGUUUUAAAGGAGCACUUGGGCUAUUUUGAGUUACAAUUGUGAGCCACGGUCAGGUAAUGAGGACGACACCUGAGCUGGCACCCCCUCUUCAAACUUCCACACCAGCGGGAGGAUGAUAUUUACCGCUGGAGAGAACAAUCUGAAUUUGUCUGAUCAUAGUGAUCUGUUCUCUUAUGGGAAGAAGGCCUAAACGGGCAAAUUUCAAAUACUUUUGUUGCAAAAUUUCAGUUGUUCGAAUUUAACAGGUAUGCCAGGGAAAAAAAAAUACCAAGUAGGAAAGAACACAAUUAACAUUUAUUACGGUACAAAAUAUUAAUGAAGUACAAACAUAUGGAAUUUAACUAUUUCUAUAGUUCUAAACAUUUUGAAGUCAUUAAUACAAUUGUUGCUAAUACAGAUAUUGAAACUUUUCUUUUAAAACUGGGAAAAAAAGUUGGAAAACAGUCCAUAACAGUGACAAGCUUCAUCUCAGGUUUUUUUUUAAAGUUAAAUUUAUGCCCUGGUUUGAAGCAAGCGAGGCUAUUUUGGAAAGGAUCUGAGUCAUUAGAUACCGAGUAUAUAUUCGAUGCAAUCUACUUUCGAAUCCUCUAACCACCGAAGCCGAGGUCACUUUUUCGUCAAUCUUCUUCCAAGCGAACAUGUUUAUUUAAAACAAACAGUGAUAUAGUGUUUGACAAACUGUCUUUGUACAAUAAAACGGAAUCCAUUUGGAAUUUUUUUCCUUUCUCUAAUUUGGGGGAUUUUUUCAAAAAGCAAGAUUCAUUAAACUUAGACAUUUAAUCUAAAAUCAUACCUUGUUUGAACUGAAAUGGUAGGAAUAUAUUUAUUAUAGGAAAGAAUACUGUGGGUGCGCCUCUAAGAGUGCGAAGAACUUUUUGUAAAUAAAAUGUGCAGUUGUAUAUAGAGCAAAUGUAGAUGUUGCAUGUCGCCUUGAUACGAAAGAAUAUAUCGUCUUCCUGUAUUUAGCGGACCUCUGUGUAAAAAUGUGUCAGCUUUGUUCUGUGCCAAUUAGAUUCGCAUGUAUUG